UUUGAAUACGUGCAAUACUUACUCUGUAUACACAGAAAAUGCACUGAAGUUUACUCGCUAUUAACUCGAGAAUUCCCUGAGUAAAAAACAAUGUGACUUAACGUGAACAAAUUUGGUGAUUGUUUUUUGAUGUUGUGUUGACAGUGUCAACGGUUUCAUUUGUAUUUCGGGUUGGAGUCUGAAUCGUCCAUUAGUUUGUUAAUGACCUGGCGAGAUGGGUGAUAAAACUGUGAUUAGAUUAGCCGCGCAAAAGCAGAGAUACAGAAGGGUGAUAGCUUUCAUAUGCGGGCUCAUCGUAAUCAUUUUGAUGAUUAUGGGCCUGGCGUCGACUGAUUGGCUGAUGGCGGCUGGAUGGAGACAAGGUCUCUUUAUGCACUGCAUAGAAGAGGACGCACCACAACCCCUACCCUUUAGUAUACAGGAUCCUGCAGGAUGUUACCAAUCUAGAGAUGCAGGUUAUAUAAAAGCCGCAGCAGCCCUUUGUGUAAUAACGCUACUGACAGACCUUGUAGCAACCGUUCUUACAGGCCUAGGAUUAGGAACCAAAGAUCACCAUACGAAAUACAAGUACUACAGAUUUGCUGUUAUCGUUAUGGGACUGGCAUUGGUGUCCAUCCUCAUAGCGCUCAUUAUAUACCCAGUGUGUUUUGCAGCAGAACUCAAUUUAGGUAACAGAACCAUAUGGGAGUUCGGCUGGGCAUAUGGAGUAGGCUGGGGAGCAGCCAUAUUUCUCUUCGGAGCAGUCAUCUUAUUGAUGUGCGACAAGGAGAGCGAAGAAAUCUACUACAAAGAAAGGAAAAUCGUGCACGAUAACGAUUCGCGUGCCUAGUGGCCACAAAGUCUGCCCGAUGUUGUUCUCUGAUCUUAAUCGAGAUGUCGCUUCUCUCAGAGAGUGUUCAUUGAAUGAAAGAUUUGUAUGAAUGAAUGUUGGAGUGUUUGCCUGAUAUAUUCACAAAAUUAAACUUUUUUUUUGUUUUUAUUGUUUAAGUAUGUUUUUGUUCAGUGUUUUUGAUGCUGGUCAGUUUGAUUGAAGACGAUUUUGCGUUAUACAAAUUACGGUUAACUUGACAACUGACAUUUGACAAGUAGCAUUUAGCUAUCUCAUAAUAUAUAAAAAUAUAUUUUGGUCAGAAAGCUCAUUUGGGCAAAUGUCUGUUUCAAUUUUAUCACAUUUAUCUUACUUUUGUUUAUAUUUUGUACAUUUCUCUGUUAAAUGUACAGUUUUGCUUUAAGUUAUAUAUUGCUAUACUUAUUCCAUUCCAAUAGCCCUAGGUUUAUUUAUUAACACGACACAUUUUCGUGAACCUUAUUAAUACUGUAUUAAAAAAGCAAUGACUUAUAAUUUGUGGGUAUAAUAGACAAUUCAGGUUCUCGAAUCUGAAGCAUAUUUUUCAUUUGACUCACAGAUUGUAAAAAGUUAGUUUCACGUCAUAUGCUGUACAGUUGCCAUCAAGUUAUUGCAGAAAACUUAAUAUUAAGCUUAUUACAAACUAAUUUGUAUUUGAUGUGGUUAAGUUUCCGGCACAAAUAAGAAGUAAUAAAAUGGUAAUCUAUUCUACAUUUAAUUAUUAUACCUGUUAUUCAGUAUGUUUACCUCUUGAAACUUAACACCACUCAUAUACAAAUGAUUUUAUAUUAGGAUUAAGAUUAAGGUGGCUGCAAUAACUUAAUGGCAACUGUACGUUUAUAUUAUUUGUAUAAUUUAUUUUUGACAAUGCUUUUUAUUGUGUUAUUUAUAGAUUUUGUUUUAACUUUCCUUACGAAAUCAAACUGAUUAGAAAUAUUAAUGUAUUGUUCAUUUACUUGCCUGGUGAACAGUUUACCAGUCAGCAGUUUUUAUAGUGGUUUAAAAUUUUUUAUGUGCUAAUUUAUUCCCAGUAGUCCAUACAGAGUUUCCAUUUACUUAUUCAUAGAAGCAAAAUUAUAUAAGAAACUAUUUCAACACAAAAUACGUUUAUUAUCAUGUAAAGGCGGAAACGCAUUAGAGUCGUGGACGCGACUCGACUCGUCUCAGACUAGUCUAGCUCAGAUUCUUUACGUUGUUUUUUAUCUUCUUCAUGUCUUUUAUCUUCUUCAUCAAUCAUUUGGAAGUCACGCUUUGUCAAGCCCUCGACUCUAUUUUUACAAUAUUUAAAAAAACGAAGAAGUUUAUUUAAAAAUGUUUGUCAAUAAUCUAUUUUAUCUUCGACUUCGAGUGCCUUCACCAAAAAAAUUGCCAAAAAUUUUGAGAAAUUCCUCUUGUUUUGGGUCUUCCUCAACAGCGUCCUUACGCGUCUAUGUUCUAUCUUAUCCUCUAAGAUAAGCUACAAAGAGACGUAUUAGACCAGGAAGGAUCUGUUUUUAGGUGGAUAUGAGAGGUGGCAUUCGGAUUUUUGCGGAUAAAGUUAGGUGAUAACUUCGUUAACAAUAAUUUACUUAUGCUCCUUCUCAAAUAUGCCCGGAACCUUAAUAAAAAAAAAUAAAAUAUUUAAAAAUUUCAAAAAAUUUCGUUUUUUUUUCUACUUUCUUUGCUUAUAACUUUAAAACGAUUCAUUUUGGAACAAAGUCGUAUAGGAAUAAAACAAAGAUAAUUAAAUUUUCUAUCAGAUACGAUUGGUUAAAAAUGUCUUAAUUUAUCACCCUUGCUGUAAAAUAGCAAUAAAUAUAAAAUAAGGGGGCAAAACAAGCCUGUCCUUAUUCAAUGUUUUUCCAUCACUUAGGUUACAAUUGGAACCUUCCUAAUUGGCUUAGAAAAUUUUUGUAAUGUGCUAAAACCGUCCACCAAAUUUCAUUAAAAUUAAAUUUUUUUAAAAUCUUGCACAACAAAAACUAUAACAUACAAAGAUUUGUCAAUUUUUUUUACAUAUAAAGAAGCACUCCACCUAUCUAAUGCACUUUACAGAAUUGAAAUCUGAUUAUUUAAGCAGCCUCAGCAAUGUUUUAAAGUUAUAAACAAUUUUUUGGCUUAUAAACAAAUUAGUGCUGUGGCCAGGAGGGGGUGCUACGGGCUCCUUUAUUUAGAUGGACUUACCCAAGUUUUUUUAUGUGUUUUGACCCGUAGAACACGAAUUUUUUGGGUAACAGUUGAUCCGGAUGUUGAUAAGAUUGUUAUAAACAAAGAACUUGAGGAAUUACAUAACAUCGAUUGUUCGCAAAAUAACAUUUUUUUGUAUUUAUUGGGUAAUUCUAAGCAAAAAAUGUUCUUACAAGUUUUUUCGUAGGGUGCAUAGUUUUCGAGAUAAACGCGGUGGAACGUUCAAAAAAUCGAAAAAUUGAAUUCAAUUUUUGAACGCGAAUAACUUUUGAUUAAACAAUAAAAUAGCAAUUCUGCUGACAGCAUUUGAAAGUUUAAGUCAAAUUAAAACGGUUUUAAUUAUUUGCAUUGCUAAAAAUUAAUUUUUUUAUUAUUAAACAAAGCUAUUUGUUUAUAAGCCAAAAAAUUGUUUAUAAUUUUAAAACAUUGCUGAGGCCCCUUAAAUAAUCCGAUUUUAAUUCUGUAAAGUGUAUUAGAUAGGUAGAGCACCUCUUUAUAUGUAAAAAAAAUUAGCCAACUUCUAAAUGGUCUACUUUUUGUUCAGAAAAAUUUUAAAAAAUUUGAACUUUUUUAAAAACAUUUAGAUUGCAAAUUUAUUAUGCAAAAUCUAUUACGUCGAUUUUAAUGAAAUUUGGUAAACCGUUUAAGUAAGUUAUAAGAAUUUUCUAAGCGAAUUACUAAGGUUCUAAGUGCCACCAAAAUGGUUAAGAAACAUUGAAUAACAACAGGCAAAAUUCAAUUAUCUUUAUUUUAUUUCUCUACGACUUUGUUCCAAAACGAAUCGUUUUAAAGUUAUAAGCAAAGAAAGCAGAAAAAAAUCGAUGUUUUUCGAAAUUUUUAAAUAUUUUAAUUUUUUUAUUAAUGUUCCGGGCAUAUUUGAGAAGGAGCAUAAGUCAAUUAUUAUUACUGAAGGUGUCACCUAAAUUUAUCUGCAAAAAUCCGAAUGCCACCUCUCACAUCCAAAAAUAGACGUUUUUUUACAGAUUUGUCCUGGUCUAUAUCUGUAGUGUCUCAUUACAUGGCCAAGAUAUGUUCAAGGAGCUGACGUUAUCUACAAAUUUGACGCAGAACUUUUAAGUUGCUAAUGUGACAAAUCAAAUGUAGUAACAUUCGGCGAUUCAACUGCUGUAAACCUUGUUCUUCUUCUUCUUGUAGUGCCUAUCCAUUUAGGAUGUUGGCGACCAUCAUGCCAAUCCGCACUUUGCACAUUGUUGCUCUGAAAAAAUUUGUGAUUGUUGUGUUGAACCACGUAUGUAGAUUUUUCAGCCAGGAAAUCUUUCGCCUUCCUACGGACUUUAAAGACGGCUGCUCUGAAAAGUUCAUUUGAUGUACAUCCGUACCAUUCUCUCAGGUUGUUCAGCCACGAUACUCUGCGUCUCCCUAUGCUUCUUUUUCCUUGAAUAUUUCCCUGCAUAAUCAAUUGGAGCAAGCUGUAUCUCUCACCACGUGUAAUAUGUCCGAGAUUUUCCAAUUUUCUGGUUUUGAUUCUAUUUAAGACUUCCAUUUCUAUUUCCAUUAUUGUGAUUAACAGUUCUUUUUCUUUUCGUAUUCUUAGUAAGAAGUCCUGAUUAGUAUACUGUGACCUUGACCUAACUGAUUGUCACAGGUAGUAUGUGUAUGUGUAGAAUUUUCUCGAGAAGCAUCAUCAAAAAGGUCACUGAUGUAUCUAUCUCAUCCUUUACACUGUUGUUCGUGUCACAAAGUUUUUCCGUCUGCAUUUUUAAGUACCUGAGCAUACGUGUAUUAUCGUAUAACGUGGAUUAGUAACGGUAUCUUCAGAAUUCGACGAUAAAGCCACAUUUCGAAUGCCUCAAUGUUCUUGCAGGUAUAGGGAAGAUAUAACAUCGUAGUAACCUGUGUAACCUUGUUGCUCCGCAUAAAUAUUAGGUUUGUUCCAACUAGAUACAAAACCGUUCUUGAACGGUUACGAGUAUGCGCAGUAAGGAGAAAUAUGUUACUGCGCAUAAUUAUUCGUUAAUGCGCAUGCGCGUAACGAUUCAAGAACGGUUUUGUAUCGAGUUGGAACAAACCUAUAGUCUCUAGUUGAUCGUAGGUGUGUCCUAGUGUUUCCAGUGUGGUUGAUUUUAUCCAUUUGUUGUAAUUCUCGGUUUAGCUCGCGUAAUUAGUAUCCCUUUCUCUUCUUUAAUCAGACUUGUCUCUACCACUUGCUAGUGGGACUUUUGCACCUAACUCUGUCGUUUCAUUAAACUCCACCAAUAAUUCCUGCAUUCUUUGCUAACAACUUUCUUACUUUUAAAGUGUAAUUGUUAUUAAUUCUAAAGUGAAGAAUCUAUGAUUCAAUUUUUAUUUACCUUUUGGUCAAUGUACACCCUCUAUUGCAGCAACUACUCAAUGUUUGCUGUCUUUUACAGUCUGUGAUACACUCGAAUUUUUGUGCUCUUUUGUUGUUAUAUCUCCACGUCACGUUUUUGCAAUUUUUUUAUAUGAUUUAAUCUCGGUACCAUUUUUAUAAUUACCAGAGAUUAGCCUAGUUUUGUCACAAGCACUUGAUUUUUUUCAAGGCUAAAUCGAUGUGGGGACUUUAAAUAUUUUUAAAGAUAUCUCAGUGUUUUCGUUCACCUCCAGGAAUCGAACUCUAUAUAUUAUAUCUUCUUCAAGUGCCAUCUUUGGAAGUCAGCAAUCAUCAUAGCUAUUCGGAAUUUAGAGAAGGCUGCUCUGAAAAGUUUAUUUGAUGUACAUCCGUGCCAUUGUCUCAGGUUGCGCAGCCAUGAUAUUCUAUGUAUCCCUAUGCUUCUCUUUCCACGUGUAAUAUGUCUGAGAUAUUCCAUUUUUUUUUUGUUUUGAUUGCAUUCACGAUUUCUAUUUCUCUAUUCAGACUUCUCAGAAUCUGUCUGUGAUGUGUUCUGUCCACGGUAUUUUCAGAAUUCUUCUAUACACCCACAACUCAAAUUAGUCCAGUUUUUUCAUUCAUGUCGAAUUUAAGGUCCAAGUUUCCAUUCCGUAAGUCAAGAAAACGUAGCAGCUCGCCAACCUAACUCUUAGCUCCAACUUAAGAUCUCUUGUGCAAAGCACACUUCAUAUUUUGUGGAAAUUAAAUGAUUUAUAUUUUUUUUUCAUUAUUUCAUAUAUAACAUCGUACAUCAUAAUAAUUGGUACAUCAUAAUAUUCCAAAUUAUACCACCACAUAUAAACGUAUUAAAUAAAAUAUCGAAUAUGAUAAUAGAAACAUCGACUCUGUUAUUCCAAGCUAAUGAAAUUGACUCAUUUAUAAUGUAAUUUAUAUAAGCCAUGUGAUAAUUAGUUCAUGUUUGUAUGUAUAGAUUUUGUACGGAAUAAUAUUAUAUUUGACUUUUAACGGAAAUUACAGGAUUAACUGGCUAAUUAUGAAAACUACAAUCAAAUAUUCCUAUGUAACUAUGAUGCUGGUGGAUUAAUUUUGAAUAUUAUAUUGUUUGAUGUUUUAUAAUAUGCAUGAUGGAAUAAAGAGAUUAUUUUGUGGUUGAACUAGUUUUUUGAAUCUUUGUUUUACAUACCGGUGUGGCCAUCAGUUAAUAUUUUGUUUUAAUGGUUUAUUGUUAGGUAAUGAGAAUUUUAGUAGUUACAAAAAUUAGAUACUGGUUGACUUAUUUUAGUAGAUUGAUACACAAUUUGAUUAUCUGAAGUAUACCAUUUGUUGAUUUCUCUCUAAAUUGUUGCGAACUGUUUAAUAGAAAAUUAGAGGACAAAUUACUUAUGUUGUCCUACCUCUUCUUUAUUCUAAUUACUUUAAUAAUUCUAAUAAUUCUAUUAUUAACAGUAAAGUGUUUUUGUAGACAAAUCUGACAUAAUCCUGCACAAAUAAGUGGAACAGUAAAUAUAAGAAUAAAGUUUUAACUGUAACAAUAAAGUGAACUCCUAGGUUGUUGGUGCCAAUUGUUUAACAAUAAAACAUUGGACGCCAAUGUGUAGAUAGCCCCACAGAAACUUCAGAAAAUCUCUGAUUUCCAGCUUCUUGUGAAAGAAGUCCACUGAGAUUUUUUCUUUUUUCCACAACCGUAUUGGGAACACUUGGAAGCAUCUAGAAAAAAAUUCUUAUUGAAUUUAAAAAAUAAAACAGACCAAAAACAUAAUAUACUAUUAAAAUGUAUAUAGUAACAAUUAAGGUAGUAAAUCUGAUCUAAAUAUGUGAAAAUAUCAAAAUGUAAUUAAGUGUCAAAAUGUAGCUAUACCUAUCAUCUUAAAAAAUAGCAAAAUUGACAAAAUGAACCGUAUUUGUUUUAGCGUGUGAUCUAUAUGGCACUAAUCAAACUCAGUGCACAAAUUUACAAUAAGACAAGUAACGUUGAAGUGCAUCUAUGUGUAAUAAAUCAACUACCUAGAUCGUUGACUGGCAAUUGUUUAAUAAUAAAACGUUUGACGUCAAUGUUUAACAAUAUAUCCCCACGUUGGGCGCCAAUUUGUAAUAAUAAAUUAACCAAUGUGUAACAAUAAAGUGUUGGACACCAACGUGUAACAACACAGUAACCACGGGUGCCAAUUGUUUAACAAUAAAACAACGCCUCAGUCGUGUAACUAUGAACAUAUAGUGUUUUUACUACAAAAGCGAUAUUACGUAGGUCAAAAUUUUUGACGUAAGAGAACUGUCAAAACAUUAGAAUGUGACUUUU